UUUUUUAUAUCGUCCGAUCAUUUCCUGGAAAUUCACUUCCUUCUUUGUUUUUGAUCUUGUUCAAAGUCAUGUUAAGUGGUUUUUUAAUGAAUUUGAUUGGCCAAAUAUAACUUACUGGCAAGUAACAUCGACUUCGGUACUGCACCUAUCAAUAUUAAACGCAGUUAGCUAUCUGGCCAAAACAUGUUUUCAUUAAGUCUAACCUAGUAGUCCAGCGUGUCUUUGUGCAGAAAAACUUCGUCCAUCAAUUAUUAUGCCAUGCGUCAUACUGUAUUGAUUGCUAUUUCAUUCUACGUGUAUAUUUACGCAGACUAUGUGUUAUCAAGCUUUCAAGAUUCGUAUAUUGAAACUGUGCCACGAUUUAUAAAGCAACCACCAUUGGAAAUUUAUGCAGUAGAAAAGGAAAGAGUUAUCAUUCCUUGCUAUUUUGAAUGUAUAAAUUGCACCGAAAAGAUAAUCGUGAAUUGGAAAAAAGAUGAAUAUGAUUUACACGCCACCAAUGGUUUUUACAUUAAUGACACCAACUUAGUGCUUAAUUCAUAUCGACCUGAUGACCAGAUUGGUUCUUAUGUUUGCAUUGUCACAUACAAAACAUUAAGUAUAAGAAGUAUCCCAUGUAGGGUUUAUACAGCAGUGCUGCCAGAUUUUUCCCUAUCAUCACACACAGCUUUGAAAAAAGGAACAGUACUGUUCCUUUGCAUUGAUCAUGCUGUAAACAUCACAGAACACUUAGAGUUUCAGUGGUUAAAGAAUGGAGAGUCAUUAGAACUGAACAGUCGGAUCCUUGUAAGGGGUGGAUAUCUCUUUAUUAAAGAAGUACUAUCCUCUGAUGUUGGAUCCUAUUCAUGCCAAUAUACAUGGAAAAAAUCCAGUAUUAAACAAAAAAGUAAAAGUGUAUUUCUUAAUAUUACCACAUCUAGUGGAUUGUUAUCAUUGACCACAAUUGUAUCACCAUAUCAGAUGGUAUUCAUCAAUCAGAAUGUCACUGCAACCUGCUUAACUAAUGGACUGCCACCUGAUACUGUUGUACAUUUGUUAAAAUUACAAAAUGAUAUGGAAAUAAAAGUGGCCGAAAGUAUUGCAUAUGUAACUCAUACGUGGGUGAACUUUAAAGACACUGACAAAGGGAGGUACAUUUGCGAAGUAGAAAUUGCACAAAAAAGGUGGAGAAAAGAAUUUAACAUAGGCUUAAAAGAACAUUCAGACUUAGAUCACAAUGGCUUUUCUCGUGUUAAUGCCAAAAUUGACAGUCAGUUGUCAUUUGGCUGUAAUUCCACUGGCUUAUUCAAUGCUACAAUUAUUUGGUAUCAUAAUGCAGCCAAGGUUUCAGAAAGCAACCAUUGGAAAUUCUCUGGUUCAUGGCUUACUAUAUCCAAUAUCCAGUUGCAGCAUGCUGGGAUAUAUCAAUGCAUCAUUCAAAACAGUCGUUUUGCUGAGUCAAAGGAAUUUUAUUUGACUGUUGAAAGUUCAGCAUUUGCUCCGAGAAAUUUAACAAUAUUCAAAUUGUCACCAAACAAAGUUAGAUUAACAUGGUUGUCACCAACAAAUAAACUGCUAAAGCAAAGAUUAAUUUAUUAUCGAGUGUAUUGGCAAAAAACAGACGGGGAGGUCUGGGAUGGUUUUUCUCCGAAGACUGAGUAUGUUAUUAAUCUACAUGGUGGAAUUCGAUACACAUUUACUGUCUGUACCUUUUACACAAAACAACAAGACAUUAAAGAUUGCGUAGAGAAAAAUAGUACCAUGAUGGAAUCAGCACCGUUGUAUGGACCAACGUUGAAGAGACCAAUGUACACGGAAGAACAUUUUGUAAAGCUCAGUUGGAAACCUAUUCCUUUGAAGUAUGCUCAUGGUAUUAUCAGAAAUUAUACAGUUUUCUGUCAAAAUAUUUUCGACAAGAGCAACGGAACGAAAAUCUAUCAUUAUGGCGCAGAUGAAACAUCAGCAAUAAUUGCUUUGAAUAGUAACAUGACCUACAAGAUUUGGAUAGUGGCUACAAAUGGUUGUGGUGCAAGUCCAAUGAGUGAAGUAUAUGUACUUGGGAAAAAACUGACAGAGAAUUUAGAUUCGAAUGACAUUAAGGUUAAUAUUUAUUGGGAUAAUUACUUAACUGGGGAACGAUUCGCAGUGCUGAAAUGGACUCUAUCCAAUAUGAAUGAAAGUGUCACAGGAUUUCGAAUAUUUUACAUUACAAUACCAUAUACAGAUUAUUGGAAAUCAGUCAAAACCGUUGAUGUUGACAGAGAUAACAGAACUUAUAGCGUUCAUGGUUUAUCUGUAAAACAACUCCAUAGGUUCUCUAUAGCUCCCAUUUUGCAAUGGAAUACGGAGAACCAACAGGGUCGACUGUGGUUGGGAAGACGAGCUAGUGUGCUUCUACAUGAAAAGUUCAACAUGAAAAAACAUUUCCGUUGCAAUUUGUUCAGCUGCGACCUUGUGCCAAUGCCAUCUAGUUUAACAUGCUUGAGCACACACACAGACAGCCUCAUUAUUUCCUGGAAGCCACCUGCAACGGAAGUUCACAUCACGGAUUAUAUUAUAAAAAUUAAAAGCGAAAAGACAGACAUGGAAGUAAAGCAUAACACUACAAAUACACACAUAGUCAUACAUAAUUUAACAGAUGUUUGGUAUGCAGUUCGUGUGGAAGCAAAUAACGUUCAUCUUAAGAACGUCAUCUUCCUUGAGGCAGGGUUUAUAUCAUGCAGAACGAAAGUUCACAAACCAUCUGAACCACGUGAGCUGAAAUGUGGUAUAUUUUAUCACAAAAGCCAGAAGAAAACUUACAUUCGUGUAAACUGGAAACAACCCUUAUAUGUGGGCGACGGUGUGUAUUCGUACGACAUCAGCACGUUAGACAAAAGCACAAACUCAGCGAACUUUCCUUUCGCCCCUAACUUUUAUCAUGUUAUCAUGGAGCAACAACAAGAUGAAUGGAUCAGAUCUCCUGCCAUCAUAACCAGGUCUGGUAAAGUUAAGGUUAACAUUGCUGUGCGAGCUGUUAAUUCGGCUGGCAAAGGAAAACCAGCAUAUAUAACUACAGAAGAAAUUGGACCACUACCGUCGGGAUUUGCAGCUGAGUCCACUGUGGAAACUAACUCUUCGUAUGUCUCUGGCAUUGUGGUGGGACUUACUGUUUCUGCAAUUUUUUUAUUAGCUUUCAUCGUAGUAUGUAUCGUAAAAGAACCGUACAAACGCUUAUGUAAGAAGGAUCACAACGAAAAGAAUGAUUAUUUGUAUACACAAAGACUGAAACAACUAGAAACCUCCCCUAACAUGUUCACAUUGGAUAAACAAAAAACUGAGAAUCAUGCAAAGCCAAGAGACAGAUCAUCAUGGUUUGCAAGGGAUAAGUUGUUAACAAUGUUAAAAAUACCGCGCAAAAGCAGGAUUGUUAGAGGUGGUAGCAGCUCAUCCACAACUAGGGAGAUGCUUUAUCUAGAUUCAUCAUGUUCUUGCAACCAAAGUCAAGCAUCAAGUGCAUGUUCUAAAUGUAAAUAUCUAAGCAGUUUGUGUGUGAGUUCGGCAUCGGAGGAGAUCGAAUAUGCUAGCGCGGAUGUGCACAACACGCUAAGUUAAUGUGGCUUCUAGCAUCUCUCCUGUACGUGACUAGAUCACAGUAUCUGUGCAGAAUUUUAACAUAUCUUUUAUGAAUUUGACACGAAAUUUCCUUCGCAAUUUUGAGCAAUUUUUCUCUCUCUAGAUAUUUUUCUGUAUAUAUUGUAAAUAAAAAAAAAGAAUGUAAUUUUACAUAUUGUAAAUAACUACGCGACUUGAAGCAUCUCUAAAACUAAAUGUGUACUGAAAAUUCGACAAAGUGCUUAUACUUAGCGCUCGAAGUUGUUUCUUUGAUUUUUUGCCUUUUUAAGGGCGGUGGGCGCUAAUCCUACAGGGAUGUUACUAAAAGUGUUUUUUAGUUUAAGCUGAAGAUUAUUUUUUAAAAACAUGAAUUUGCACAAUUUACAGUGUUAACGGCAAGAAACAUUUUAAUAAAUUUUGACAAUUUACCAAUAAGCUCACAAAUUUCACAUUUGAAAACAGCUUUAGGACUUUUAUUAAAAUAUUUUUUUGUUAAGGAAGGCGCUACUUAAGGGGCGGUAAUUCAUGAAUUUACAGUACGCAUAUACAUUACAUGCGCCCAUUUUUUUAUGUUAUCGUUUUUUUUUGGACCAAAGGUUAAAUUCUGCUGAAUAAAUUUAAAAUACAAAGGGCUAAAGUAAUGGUGGAUUAACUGUAAGGGCGUUUUACAACAACCGGAAUAUUUUGCACGGUGAAAAAAUUCAAGAUUCUGAUCAACUUGAUGAAACAUACCGUUCUGCUUUAAAUCAGCGUACGAAUCAAAUCAAAUUUAUUUGUUGAACCACAAAAACCAUAAAUUCUGAAGUUAAGGUAUUCCCAUUCCGCUGCUCGUCACCCUUCCGCCACUCACCAUCCUUCUACCACUCGUCACCCUUCUACCACUCGCCACCCUUCUACCACUCGCCACCCUUCCGCCACUUACCACCCUUCUGCCACUCGCCACCCUUCCGCCCUUCAACAUAUUUAAAGUUUUAAGUGUGCGGUUUACUAAAAAAGCGAACCGUUGGUUUCUUAAGAUUUAUUUAUUAGGUACCACUAAUUUUUUUUUACAAAUAUUAACUUUUUAAAAUAAUUUUUUAAAAAUGAGAAAACUAUCCUUGUAGCUAUACUGUUUUUGUUGGCCUUAUACUGUUUCAGAUUGAUGUUUAUCCUUUCUCUUCUGUUAGUUUAUUUGUCUGUUUCCGUUUUAAGUUGUGCAUUUUAUGUCAUUUGUGUUCGUUGUCUCGAUUUCGAAGGUAUUGAACUGUUGAGUCUUUAACAAAGCGUAGUUUUUUAAAGCAAUUGUCACACGUUAUUAACAUAGGCUAGUAAUCUACGAUUGAUAUGCCAGUCUCCUAGCUCUUAGGAAUUUGAUAUGCUUUUAGUGCCAGGAGAUAGUAAAUGUAUAUGCUCAUUCGAAGGUCAUUCUUUCUUCUAGCAAUUAUCAAUUUCGGUCUUUAUCAUACAUAACACGAGAAAUAUAUCCGAUGAAGAUGUGUAAUGUUUUUACCUUACGAGAUAUUUUUAGAUGACACAAAAUUCAAAUGUUUUUUAUUUAUAAUUUAAAUCUAUCAGCAAGCGCUUUUUUACUUAAAAAAUUAUGUUUACCGUUUUUAGGUAGAUUUUUAAACACCCCAGCUUGGGUCAUUGUCUUUGCAAAAGAAAAAAAAUUGCUUGUGAACUUUUAACUGUUUUGAACCAAGAUAAGUGUUCAAUUGAAAAUUCCCUUCGCUAAUUUUUUGUGAGUGUUGUUCCCAGUCGAGUGUCCUGAGCCAACCUGAUAUAAUAUACUUGUUUUUCCUCUACUUUUUUUUAGCGUAUUAUUUUGCCAAGAUGUAUAAUUUCAUAUAUUAGUUGUUAUUGUUAUUUAUUAUUUAAUUCUUUUAAAUAUGUCAUUUUUACAUGGAAGAAUUAUUUAACCCUUGUAAACAGGAUAAGAAUUUUCUUUGAAGAUUUAUUUUAUCGCAGUAAAAGAA